AUUCAAAUUUGCAGCGCCAAAAGGCUAAACGACACUCUCAGUCGUCAAGCCGAGGCUCCUCUCAUCAACACCUGGCUCGUUUCGUUCGUCGUUUACUGCGUUAAUUACGAUUUUAUAGGUGGUUGUGGACAGAAAGUCAACAUUUUACAGGCAGAAGACGCAUAACAGUAACGCCGUGAUUUGUUAUUGAGCAGAAAUGAAGCCAGUGCGGGGCUCCAGCCGCUCCGCGUCAAAAGCGCCUAACCUGAAGCGCAAGAGCCGAGCAGCGCACAACAUGGGGCAGCAGGCAGCGGAGCCCCAGGAAUCAGAGCCAGGUGUCAACACCACUGGCAAAAGCAGUCACCCUAAACCACUGAAGAGGAGAGCCAAAGGAGCCUCCUCAGCGUCCAACAAAGUCAGAGGCCAGGACAAAUGGAGGCUGAUGCCCAGUUCCUCCAUCCUGGCUCUGGAGAACACACUAGACCUGGCGAUACUGUGGACUCUUAACUUGACACGGACAGAGAAGAAAGAAGUCCAGAAUCAUUUGAACAUAGUGAAAAACAGGUUCCUUGCUCAAUGUGCAGCAGAGCUCAGAGUCCCAGUACAGAGACAAAAACAUGUCAAACACUCAUCUCGCCGCCACCAUGAAGAGGCAAAGAAGUUACUGGCUGGAAAGACGACUCUGAACUCACUGGAGGAAGACUUGAGAGCUGUGUUAAAUGUUCUGGAGAGGACAGAGGAGCAGACGGCCUCCUUAGACCAUAAAUGCAACACUCUGAGAGACAAGGUGGAGGAGGAGGAGGAGAGGGGUAACGAGAUCUUACAGAUGCGUGAUGAAGCGAUUCUCAACCUGCCAUCUCUGCCCCCACACAGAGACAGUCCAUCAGCAUUACAGAAUUGGAUGGCAAACAUGAUGCCGAAAGCUGACUCGGAGACUGCAGCUCAGCAACUCGGAGAAAUUCUUCAGAAAUCGUCAGCCAUCUGGGACGCCCAGUCUCUGCUGGCUCAGGCUCACAGACAUGCUAAUCAGCUUUUAAAUCCUCGCGUCAUCCCAGUCAGUGACGCCGUCGCUUAACUGGACCACGCCAAAAGCAACGGGCCAUCAGUUGUAAUAAACCCUUGUGUUUUGGUGGGAUCUUCCUCUUUUUUGGCUAAAUAUCAAGAAUGAAUUUGGUAAUUUCCCUCUGCCAAAAGGUUUAGAAAUGUGCACAAAUUACCCAUAAUAGUAUGGAAAGAUAUUGCUUGGUCCCAGUAUACUGCAUGUUUUGUGGUGUAAUAAUUAUUGUUUUAUUUAUUGUUAUUAAGAAUUGCCUUCAGCUGUAGGGUGGUGUGGCUUAGUACAGGUUAUUUUUUGUCUUGUUUUUAAAUGUUUUUACCCUAAAGACCCUGAUGUAAUACAGUAUUUUGGUUUAUGUUUAUGGUAUGGUAUAUUAUGGUAUUAAACUGUUUGGAUGUCUCACUUGGAACACUGACAAAUAAAUAGUGCAAUUGAAGCAUUAGGUUAAAAUACUCA